CAGUCAGACACGUGGGUUUAUGUGUGCUGUCAAUAAAGCUGAUUGAAAUUGAAUUUGGGAGAGAGAGGUGUGGAAACAGAGGAGGUGUGUGUUUCUCACCGACUCCACCAGGACCCGUCACACAGCUCCAACACUUCCUCUCUCACAUCAGCUCCGCCGCCGCCGCCGCUCAUGGAGGAGCCGUCUGAGCGCCACCAGCACCACACGACCGACGGAGAGGAUUUUCACUGAGCUCACACCGCAGACAUGAAGCUUUUAUCCGGAGGCGGAACCGCGCUGCUGCUGCUGCUGCUGCUCGGCCGCUGCUGCUGCAUCAGUCCCGGCAGGAGAGUGUGUCAGGGGAUGAGUAACCAGCUGACGUUGUUGGGGACUCGUGAAAAUCACUACGACAACAUGGUGAGGAUGUACUCCAACUGCUCCGUGGUCCUGGAGAACCUGGAGGUCACCUACUCUCUGCAGCACCAGGACCUGUCCUUCCUCCAGUCCAUCCAGGAAGUCGGUGGCUACGUUCUGAUCGCUAUGAACGAUGCCCCUACCAUCCCAUUGGUCAAUCUGAAGCUGAUCCGAGGUCAGAACCUCUACGAAGGCCAGUACGCUCUGCUGGUGAUGUCCAACUACAACAGGAACCUGACGUCAGCGACGCUCAACUACACCAGCGGGCUGAGACAGCUGCAGCUCAGCAGUCUGACCGAGAUCCUCAAAGGAGGGGUGAAGAUGACCCACAAUCCUUUGCUGUGCAACACUGAGACCAUCCAGUGGUGGGACAUUGUGGACAAAUCCAGCAAUCCCAGCAUGCUUUUCAAGACGGACACAUUUGCCCGUAAAUGUGAGAAGUGUGACCCGGGGUGUGUUAACGGUUCGUGUUGGGCAGCAGGACCGGAUCACUGCCAGAGAUUCACUAAGUUACAGUGUGCAGAGCAGUGCAGCAGAAGGUGUCGGGGUCCAAAACCCAUCGACUGCUGUAAUGAGCACUGUGCUGCAGGCUGCACCGGACCAAGAGCCACCGACUGCCUGGCCUGCAGGGAUUUUAACGAUGACGGCACCUGUAAAGACAACUGUCCUCCUCAGACACUCUACGACCCCAAAACCCACCAGGUGGUCCCCAACCCCAACGCCAAGUUCACCUUCGGAGCAACCUGUGUCAAGGCCUGUCCACAUAACUACGUGGUGACAGACGGCUCAUGUGUACGAACCUGCAGAGCUGGAAUGUACGAGGUGGAGGAGAACGGAGUCCAACGCUGCAAAGCUUGUGAAGGACCCUGUCCUAAAGCCUGUGACGGAGUCGGGGUCGGCUCUCUGAUUAACACUAUGGCAGUGAACGCCUCCAAUAUCGAGUCCUUCAGGAACUGCACUAAAAUCAAUGGGGACAUCUCCCUCAUUGAGACCUCGUUUACAGGGGACGCUCACUAUAAAAUCCCCCCCAUGGACCCGUCUAAACUGGAGUACUUCAGGACAGUGAAGGAAAUCACAGGUUACCUGCUGAUCCAGUCCUGGCCAGAGAAUCUGACCUCCCUGUCUGUGUUCGAGAACCUGGAGAUCAUCAGAGGAAGAACAACUCGAUCUCACCACAGUUUGGUGGUGGUAAAGACGAAGCACCUGCGCUGGCUGGGUCUGCGCUCUCUGAAGGAGGUGAGUGCUGGGAAGGUGAUGCUAAAGGACAACCCUGAGCUUUGCUACACCCAACACGACCUGUGGACCCGCCUCUUCAGAUCCAGCGACCAGGUCAUCAUCAUGCGGGGGAACCCUCCCCCCAGCAUCUGUGAACAACAGAAUCGAACCUGUGACACGGAGUGUAAAGAUGGAGGCUGCUGGGGUCCAGGUCCCACCAUGUGUGUCUCCUGUCUGCACUUUGACCGUAGGGGGCGCUGUGUGGUGUCCUGUAACGUCCUGCAGGGUGAACCCAGAGAGGUCGAGGUGAACAGCAGCUGUGUCGAGUGUCACCCAGAGUGUCUGCUGAAGACCGGGAUCCCGACCUGCCACGGACCGGGUCCAGACCAGUGUUCCCAGUGCGCCCAUUUUAAAGACGGCCCCCACUGCGUGCUGCGCUGCCCUCACGGCGUGCUGGGAGACAGAGACACGCUGAUCUGGAAAUACCCUGACAGCUCAGGCCAGUGUCAGUCCUGCCACCAGAACUGCACCCAGGGGUGCUCAGGUCCUGGACUGUCUGGAUGCAUCGGUGCUACCACCCACUCCACGCUGGCGGCCAGCGUGGUCGGCGGGCUCUUGGUGGCUGUCAUCGUGUCGUUGGUCAUCUUUGUGUUGCUACGGCGGCGACGAAUCAGGAAGAAGAGGACGACACGCCGCCUGCUGCAGGAGAAAGAGCUGGUGGAGCCACUGACUCCGAGUGGUGAAGCUCCAAACCAGGCCCUGCUGAGGAUCCUGAAGGAGACAGAGUUCAGGAAGAUCCGGGUGCUCGGCUCCGGGGCCUUUGGAACCGUCUUCAAGGGUCUGUGGAUCCCUGAAGGAGAGAAUGUGAAGAUCCCAGUCGCCAUCAAAGUUCUGAGAGAGGCCACUUCACCUAAAGCCAACCAAGAAAUCCUGGAUGAGGCGUAUGUAAUGGCGAGCGUGGAUCACCCUCAUGUGUGUCGUCUCCUGGGAAUCUGCCUGACGUCGUCGGUGCAGCUGGUGACUCAGCUGAUGCCGUACGGCUGUUUGCUGGACUACGUCCGACACCACAGGGACCACAUCGGGGCCCAGUGGCUGCUGAACUGGUGCGUCCAGAUCGCCAAGGGGAUGAGUUACCUGGAGGAACGUCACCUGGUGCAUCGAGACCUGGCGGCGAGGAACGUCCUGGUGAAGACUCCGAACCACGUCAAGAUCACAGACUUCGGCCUUGCCAAGCUGCUGACGGCAGACGAGAAGGAGUACCACGCUGAUGGAGGAAAGGUUCCCAUUAAGUGGAUGGCGUUGGAGUCCAUCCUCCAGUGGACGUACACACAUCAGAGUGACGUGUGGAGCUACGGCGUGACCGUAUGGGAGCUGAUGACGUUCGGCUCCAAGCCGUACGACGGCAUCCCGGCCAGCGAGAUCGCCUUGGUGCUGGAGAGAGGAGACCGGCUGCCUCAGCCCCCCAUCUGCACCAUCGACGUCUACAUGAUCAUGGUCAAAUGUUGGAUGAUCGAACCGUCCAGUCGUCCAAAGUUCAGAGAGCUGAUAGUGGAGUUCUCCAAAAUGGCCAGAGACCCGUCCAGAUACCUGGUCAUACAGGGGGACCUUCCCAGUCCGUCAGACCGCAGGUUUUACUCUCGCCUGCUGAGCGCCGACGACACCGAGGACAUGGUCGAUGCUGAAGAAUACCUGCUGCCGUACAAGGGAACGGGUAACCAUGACAACCACGCCUGCAACGCCACGAACGGUCGUCCAGUCAGAGAGAACAGCAUCGCUCUGAGAUACAUCACUGAUCCCACCCACAAUGCACUGGAUAGAGAAGACUUCACCAGCCACGAGUACAUGAACCAGAGUAUGAGUGAGACCAGCCGGAGCAGCAGGCUGUCUGAGGUUCUGAAUCCCAACUACGAGGACCUGAGUCUGGGCUGGGGUGCCGGCUUACUGCCCCUCCCACAGGGGGAUCUGAAGCCGUCCGCUCGAGGUCCAGAGGCACCAGAAUACCUGAACACCGCCCAGAACUCGCUGCCCCUACCCGCCAGCGACAGCCUCGACAACCCAGACUACCAGGCUGACUUCCUGCCCCAGGCCACCACCACCACCACUUCUUUAACCGGUAACGGUGUGUUCCUUCCGGCAGCUGAGAACCUGGAGUACCUGGGUCUGGGAGCUGCGCUGCAUGCUCCUGUCCGCUAAUGGGCAGCAACACCCAGACACUGCAAACUGAAGCUGUGGGUUUUAGUGGCCUCCUCUGAUUCAGGCUGCUGACAGGAUUUCAAUUAACAGGAAACUGACUCACUGGCUCUCUGACAGCUGUCACUGAGGAGGACCAGAGCCAGACUCUUUCCAGGGAUUCAAAGCUGCUGCGUCAGGACACAACGUUCUCACCAAACCCCUCAGAAACACAGUGAGCUCCUCAGCAGCAGUGAUGAUAGUCGCUGGGUCUCAGUCCUCUGGGAGCGCGCUGCAGGAAGAUCCAGAUGUUAACGACACGAUGCACACAAACCAAGAGGCACAAAAACAUUUUAAAGCGAUUUUCACCUCUUCACCUCCUGUCAGUCUGUGCAUGAAUUAGUUUGUUGAACUAAAAAUGGGAGAAAUAUGGAAAUAAAAUCAGGACUGUGAAACUUUUUUUCGAGGUUUAAAAAUGUGCAGGAAUGAUAUGAUUUGUAUCUGAUAAUUAUUAUGUGAUCAGAGGACAGUGUUGAGGAGCUCUGCUGGUACGGUAGCGCCCCCAGCUGGUGGUGUGAAGACUCUGCAGCUUUCUGCACAUCAGAAACAAAAAGUGGAAACUGAGACAUUUUUAAAUUUCUGUUCUUCAGCUUCACAUCACUGCCACCAUGAUAAAAACAAAAGGAAUCAGUCUUCCUGUUUACCAUCUAUCAUCAGUCAAUAAAUGCUUUAUUAAUAAAUAAAUGGCAGCUGUGAGGACAUGUUGAAGUGUUCAUUAAUGUACAGUAUUUGUUCUAACUUCUCCUGUGAACAUAUUUGACUCCAGCUGUGGUUGGUUAUAUUGUCCUUCACUGUCCACAGGAGGAGUUAGAGCAGUUAACAAAUACAUUAAUAAACACAUUGAUCUGUAUUAUAGUCUGUUAUAAACUGGCAAAUAUAUAUUCAAUAUUUACAUUAUUACUUUCAGCUAAAUAUGGUAAAGUGGUUUCUUUAGAAAUCUUUUUAGUUCAACAGUCCACAUGUAUUUCUGCUCUGUAGAAGAGACUGAGCAGAGACUGUUUGGAUGAACAGUGUUUCUGUCAGAUGAGCAAAACCUUUUGUUGUCACAUGACUUGAAAUGCUGAGUUAAGCUGAGAUUUUUUUCUGUUUAUUUUAAUGUGGAUCAGUUUUGAUGAAUUUCUCCUGAGGUGUUUAUUUCUCUUCUUUACUUGACGAGAAUGAGCCGAUCACCUGUUUCACUGUUACUGCACAAUGUUCACUGUUACUGCUUGUUACUGUUUGUCACUGUUAAAGGAACUGAACAGAGCUGAGAGACGCUUUGGCUGCUGAUCAGUCUCCAGGUUCUCCAGGAUUUUAAUUAUUCCUCUCAUUAUCUCAAGAUAACAAACAGACAAAACGUUUUCUCCAGAGCUGAGGUCACUUUUAAAGCCUUCAGGAGACAGUUUGAUCAGGACUUCAGUCUGAGACCCGAACAGGAAAGACAGUUGGCCAAGACCAGGACCAAGACAAACCAUCUAAGGACCAGACUUCAGGUCUACAGCUCUGCCUCUGCAGAGGAUGAAAUCUGGCUUUGUUUUCUGGAGAAAACGAGUGAAUUAAAGUCCUGAUGUUGAGAUAAUGAACCUAAAAUCUACUGAGCUCUUGUAGAGACACUGAGGAGUCACACUGAAUGUCAAUGUCCAUGUUUUGAUCUUGUUAAAUGUGAAUUUAGUUGUGGAGCCUCUGACAGCUCCACACCUUGGUUGUUUACAGGACACAGCAAACCUGCUGACAAACAUUAAAGUUGUUGUUUCCA